AUUGGUCAUUCUUCGACGGCAUUUUUACAUCCUUUCCAGCCAGUAGACGUAAACCCAAUCUAGGUUUCUACCGCUAUACGCUUUCUCAAGCGACCUCGAUCCCUCUCGAACCAUUUUAGACGACAAACUCGAGAAUAUACUCUCUUCGCGUUCACAGGGACUAUAUGACUUCGUCUACCGCAAAAGAGGAAGUGGCAGCAUCUACGAUGGAUGAGAUGCUGAUGUAUGUAAACGAGGACGGGAUCGUAUAGGUGAAUCCUAACUUGUCUGGUUAGACGUACUUUGACCACACCCGGCCACGAAUCGAUCCUGUCGUCUGUGUCAAUGUUCUCAGCCUCUUCUAUUCCUAUGGUUGAGGAAAUGAGAUGAACCAGACAUUGGAAUGGGUGUACCAGGUUCUUCUCCAUCGUGCUUACCUCCAAGGAUCACGGUAUUACGAGACAGCAGAGAGCUUCCUCUUCUUCCUCUAUCGAUUUAUCGGCGGCUGUGAUAACCCAGCCACCCAUAGUCGUUUCUAUCCACUCCUGAAAGAGAGAGUUAUGGAAUGGAUUGGGACGGAAGGAGACGGACUUGCCUUGGCAAUGCGUCUAAUUGUGUGCAAAUUUACAGAUGUGAAAAAUGACAUCGACCUCCAGACUCUUCGAGGACUCCAGCGUGAGGAUGGAGGAUGGGAUACCGGUUUAAUAUACAAAUAUGGGUCUUCGGGUCUGAGUAUUCGGAAUCGAGGUCUGACAACGGUAAUGGCUAUCCAUGCUAUCCAGCGUAGUAACUUCGCUAGUUCCUCACUAUGA